AUUGUGGAUGGAAAGAUGACGAUAAACCUAGAGGUGGCUAGCUCCAAAAGCAUCGACCUUAGGAUCGAUCAAGUCAUGCAGAUUUUUGCAAAGAAUUUGGUUGGAAAGACCAUUGUCAUAAACGAUGUGGCCAGCUUCGACACCAUUGACAACUUCAAGGCCAAGAUCCAAGACAAGGAAGGUAUCCCACCGGACCAGCAGAGAUUGAUCUACUCUGGAAAGCAGCUUGCGGAUGGUCACACCUUGGCCGACUACAACAUUCAGAAGGACUCGACCCUUCACUUAGUACUGCGUCUGAGAGGUGGCAUGCAGAUUUUUGUAAGGAUUUUUACAGGAAAGUUAAUCCCCUUGAAUUGUAAAGACGUCAACACCAUCGAAAACGUCAGGGCUAAGAUCCAGGAUAAAGAUGGCAUUCCGCCGGACCAGCAGAGACUUAUCUUUGGUCACAAACAGCUUGAGAAUGGUUGGACAUUGGCUGACUACAACAUCAAGAAGGACUCGACCAUUUACUUAAUUCUACGUCUCUAA